AUGGCAAUCGGGCCUUUCGAGGUCCAAACGUUGAUAACUUUUACUCAACCACGGGACCAGAACUUACUCAAGAGGUGCGAGAGUGAUCUGCAUUAUCCGUAUCAGGCCACAAUACCAAGCAUAGACUCUCAAAGUUGUGCUAUACGAAGAGAUCAUGAGAUCAUAAAUGCCCUGCUCACACAAUCGCUGAGCGCGCUCUGCGUCGACCUGAUAUCGGCCCGUCGCAUUGACUACGAGCAAUGCCCGAAUGGGUAUUCCUUGAGAACUUCUUGGCGAAAGGUUGACACUCAGAGCAGACAUGUCAACUUCAUGUUGCGUUCUACUACAGAGAAUGCCAUGGGCAGCUGUAGAGAGAAUGAUUGUCGUCCGAGCUAUGCGCUAGAGUGGCCGUGUACCGUGUUUACCUACAACCGUGUGCUUAUCAGCAAACUUUGGACCGACGGUUGCCAGGACGCCAUCGGAUGGUUUAGCGCCGGGUUGACGGCAUACGAAGAAUUAGCAAAUAUAGGUUCGGUAUGCUGA